AUUUGCGAAUUAUAUAAUGAAUGGAUGUCUGAAGAAGUUAAGGUUGCUUGGGAUAGCAUUAAUAUUGAAAAAAUCAAAAAAUCCUUCAAAUGUUGUGGUAUUUCUGUAGCAAAAGAUGGCACAGAAGAUGAUUUUAUUUUUGAUUAUGAUUUUCUAAAUGAUAAAAAUGAUAAUCCAGGUGAUAAUGUAGUGUUUGAAGAUACAAUAUAUGAUGAUUUUGUUGCUGUAUUCAGGGUCAAUGAUGUACAUUUUCGAUGUCCUAAACAUUUUGAGAUUGUCUCACACUAUGUCCUAAAAUGUCUCACAUUAAGUCCUAAU